CUUUAAGCGUGUCUAGGGCUAGUUUGCAAGGUGAAGCAAGCAACUUUAGAGAUGGCGAAGUUCAACGAAGUGCAGAAGAGGAAGAGGGCGGCCAAGGCUGAGAGAAAACGAGCCCUUCACGGCGAUCCUAACACCGGAAAAUUGAAGCACAAGACUGAGAAUCUCACCGUCUCCGGCAAACGCAAGCAGAAACUACUCCGGAAAUGGCGCAGAGAGCAGAAGGAGAUGAUGGAGAAGGGUCUUGUUACCAUGGAAGAUGUGGAGAUGGCUUCUGCUGAAGCAUCUGAUAUAGGUACAUCUGGAGACGCCAAGAAAACCUCGAAAAAGUUCAGCGUGAAGAAGAGCUUGAAGCUCAAGACAUUGAACCGCAAAGGUAACAAGAAGAAAGGAUCCAAGCCCGUCACGGAAGAAUCUGCGGAUCUCAUGUUAGAAUGAAUGAACUUAGGUACAACCCUCCCCUUUUGACGAUCACUAACUACCGGAUACUGGCUAUUACAAAUUGGGUGGCGUGUCCCUCCUUUGCCCACCUUAGCUAUGUUUCUAAGGUCAGUUCAGAAGUUUUGGUUGCCAUUAUCAAUCGGCAUGUCUCUUUAACUUUCUUGGGGAUGCAACUGUAAUGUAAACGAACGGAGGGUUGGGCAGAUCUUCUAUCUUUUUUGUUUCUGAAUCUUUUGGGUUAUCAGAUUUGGGUGGAUUAAGGGAUCGAUCACACAUGGCUAUGCACUCUGACUCUAUGUACAAAAGUUGCUUGUUUUGAUCAAGUUUCCUCAAGUACGCCGGUAAGCUUACAACCCGCGUUUA